AAGUAACAGUGGUGUUUAUACAGCCAUCUAGACUAUUCAGUAUGUGUACGUAGUUAAACCACGCCACUGCCCUGUUUUAUGGUUCGUAUUUAAAGAUUUUGUGUUGGAAAAAUCAGAAACAUAUCGUAAGCAUUGUGAAGUCAAACCACCUGUCACUUUUGUUUACAUGAGCGUGGGAAAGUAAGAAAACAAUUUCUUAGAAUCAUAGUAAGCCUAUAUUAAUUGCUAAGCACGUGGCCUCAGAGUUGAAGCAUUGCUACGCCUCAUUUGUCGUUCGUACUAGAAUAUUUCUGGAAAAUUCGUUGAAUUUAUACUAUAUACGACAUGUGAUAGAGUUCUGUUCCUAAUUCAGGUAGUUUGGAUAUUGCUAAUAAAACAGAAUAACUUGUAAAAUACAAUUGUAGCUUGGAGUGUUUUCUGUGAAGAAGAUGUUUGGACCGUUAUUAUGGGAAGACUACAUUAUGUUAAACUAUAAAGCAUGGAUUCUAUAAAACCUGACACUAACAGAAUAAUGAAUACAUAUUUGUGUUUGUUUAAAUUGUGAGGUUUAUUGAAAGAGACAUCGACAAGGGACUUGCACAGGAAAGAAACACCUUAACUGUAUACUGUCACGGAUCAAAAGUGACAAUAAUCAGUGUUUGUAUGUCUGAAAAAAAAGAAAAAAGUCACCACGGAAUAUCUAACAAGAAAGCUGUUGAUAUUAGCCUGAGGACGUGGAAAUUGUUUCUUUGUGAAUACCACAGACGCUAUGUAGUGGUGUAUUGAGCCUUUUCAGAAGCGUGUUUUUCACUGUUUAUAAACACUGUUUCUGCAGAAAUUACGGAGAACCUGCAAGCUAUUACUUAUCGAUGUGUUUAUAAACAAGGCUUCCUUAUUAUAGAUAAAACGGCCCCCGCUACUUCACCAAGGUUUUAUGGUAUAUAAUUUGGUUCAAGCCUUAAUAAUGAAGUUUUGCAUCCAUCCCAUUAUGCCGUCUUGCUUCCCAGUGGAAUUUAUUGAGGGAGUUUCGGAUUAUAUUAUGGGAGAUGUAGAUCCUCAACAAGUUCAAAAAGACGAGUCAUCGGAAAAUCUUCUAACUUCUGAUAAUGAUGCUAGUCUGAUAUUUUCUCGAGACAAUGGACCAGCAUCCCCAGUCCUUUCACCCGAGGAUAUCGACCUCAAACUUCUGGCCAUUGAAGAUGGUGUCUCUCACGCCUUUCAAAGAGCAAAGUUAUGGUCGAAAUACGCUAAGGAUGUCAUUUCGUAUGUGGAAAAGAAGAUUAAUCUACAAAUGGAAUACGCACGCAACUUGUCGAAAUUAGCGCAGUCGAUGAAGCCUGUGCUGAAAGAAGAGUGCUUUCUGCCUUUCCAAUCUAUUUACUGUACUGCUCUAGACCAAGACUUAGAAAAUGCUAGCUCUAUAUAUGAUAAUUGUGAACUCCUACGCAACCAUAAAUUUAUAGAGCCACUGUCAGCAAGAAGAUAUGAAUAUGAAAAGGCUCGAAAGCAAAUAAAAGAAAAAUGGCAUCGAGAACUAAAAAAAAUGGAGGAAGCUGUUACAAAUCUUCGUAAAGCCAGAGCUCUUUAUGUUCAGAGACAGCAGGAUUAUGAAAAAGCCAAAGAUUCAGCAGCUAAAGCUGAGAUAUGUGAGAAUAAUGAGUCUUCCAACAAAGUUGACAAAAAACGACGUCUUGAAGAUGAUACUUUACAGAAAGCUAAAGAAUCUGAAACAAUUUACAAGGCUUGUGUAGCAGAAGCUAAUGAGAGACAACAGUUUUUAGAAAAAGUAAAGAAAGAAGUAUUACAAGAAAUUCGAGAGUUGAUUUGCCAGUGUGACCAAACAAUGAAAGCUGUGACAGUGUCUCACUUUCAGCUACAACACACCAUAUCAGCACCAUGUCCUGUUCAGUACCAGACUCUUUGUGAAAGUAGCAGGCUUUAUGAACCAGGACGUCAGUACAUGGAAUAUGUAAAAAGACUUCCUCAACUUUCAGGAAGAUCUACUAAGGCACUACCAGCCUUUGUAUUUGAACCAUAUUCACCGGAUUCCAAAUCAGAGAAAUCAAGACCUUCAAAUGUUUCUUCAGACAGCUAUGAGGACUUACUACAUCAUCAUCCAGUUGAACCCAGACAUUCCUCUGAUAGUAAAGUUUCAGAUAGUGGCUCUUUGCCUCAACCUAUACGGUUCUGGAGUGGUGUAACACGAUUUCUACAAGGGAGUGACACAGAUAGCACAAGCAGCUGUCACAGCACGAAGUCACAAGAAAACAGUACACCUCCUAGUCCACUGUUAUUGCCUUACAAAAUCAGAAGCAUGUCAUUAGGAGAAGAGUUAGAAAUAGUUUCUAGUCAUAUUGAUAAUACAUUGCCAUGUGGCAAAAGACCUUUUAUGUCAAAAGCUGCUGAGACACACAGCUUCAAAAAAAUUAGGAGACCCUCAAAAUGCAGAGAAUGUGAUUCUUAUGUAUAUUUUCAAGGGAUCGAGUGCUUUCAGUGCGGACUUGCCUGCCACAAGAAAUGUUUAGAGAAUUUAGCCAUACAAUGUGGGGGCACAAGAAUGCCCUGCAGGAUGACCACCUUUGGAAUCGACUUGACAACUCAUGCAGCAGAAACUGGCAGAAAAAUCCCUUCAAUAGUUGUUAGAUGCAUUUGUGAAAUUGAUCAAAGAGGAUCAUGCAUAAAAGGUAUCUAUAGAGUUUCAGGAGUCAAGUCUCGUGUUGAGAAUUUAUGCCAGUGUUUUGAAAAUAGGCCAGACUUGGUUGAUCUGUCCAAGAUUCACCCAUUCGUGAUAGCUAAUGUCCUCAAAAGAUACUUCAUGCAGUUGCCUGAACCCCUUUUAACCUUUAAACUUUAUGAAGACUUCAUUGACCUUUCCAAGGAUUAUUCAGCUCAGAAAGAAGUCAGUAAUAAAGAAGUCAUUGAGAAGCUUAAAAAGUUGGUUAACCAACUUCCAUCAGCUCAUUAUGUUACUCUGGCUUUUUUAAUUCAUCAUUUGAAAAGGAUAUCUGAGAAUGUGGAUGAAAACAACAUGCCACCAAGUAACCUGGGUAUUGUAUUUGGACCUAAUUUACUUAAAACAAGUGAAGGAAAUGCUUCAUUAAACUCUUUGUUGGAUACUGUUUACCAAGCUCGAGCUAUAGAAUUACUGAUUACUUACGUAGAUGAGAUUUUUGGUCCACCCGAAGUGGCAUUUCCAAGCAUUCUUCCUGAACUUGAGGAAGUGUUCAGGAAGGAGAAACUUUAUGAAGAUGAAAAGUAUGCUUUGCAACGAACAGUAUCAGCUACAAGUGAAGUCAGUGAUUAUGAUGAGAGCCAAAUGGACAGUUUCAAUGACAGUGUAGAAAAUGAUGGCACAGAACACAGCGAACUUAUUGAUGAGUCAGUGUUACAAGCUUCUCCAGACCUAGAGCUUCCUGUGGCAAGAAAUGAAUUAUAUAAUUGUGAUUCAGAUGACUGGCUUGCUUCAGAGAUUGAUCUAGAUGGUGAGACUGCUGAACCACUUUUUUUUGCAGAGAAUAUUUCACCAUUCUACAGGUCAACAUGUUCAUUUUAUAGAAAAUCCAGAUCUAGGAAGGCAAACCGUAAAAAUCUUAAUGACAUUGUUAAUGCUCAGAGUAUUGAAAAUAAUGAUUAUGUCAAGUCAAAUGAACAGUAUCCUAGUCAUGAAAACGUUUCUGUUGCUUGUAGUCAGACAGUAUCAGAAUUGCCUCUCAGUGGUUCUAAGGAUUCCUUAGGUAUGAACUCGGCUCCACAACCUCCACCUCGUAAACAUUCUCCUUUGUUUUGGUCUUCAAGUCCAAAAAGUUACAAAGCUGAAAGACCUGUUAACCAAACACCAUUUGAAAUGUGUGAAGAAGACAUAAAUAAACAAGAAGUCAGCUCUAUCCCAGACAUAAAAAACACAUGCUUAUCGGUAUCUGCUACCAGUGUAGCAGAACAGAAUGUUCUGACAGCAGCAAUGAAUUAUCAGCAACAAGAUACUCUGCCAGACCCUCAGAUGUUAGAAACUUUGUCAGAUUCUUCAUCUUACUUGCAAAGUUUAUCUAGCUCACAGCUCCAAUUAUCAAAAAUGGAAAACAAGUAUCAACAAACAGAUUUAAUUCCAAACCAACACACAGAACCGACCAGCCAGAAAGGCUUUGAGCAUGAGCAGGAAAAAGAGGAAUUCCUGGAAGAUCAGCUCCUGACAAAUAACUUUAUUGACUCCAGUUUCAGAAACAGGGAAAUCUUGGGGUUAUCAGUUCUUGAUAAAAAGAUAAACUUACCUGGCAGUAGGUACUCACUGGCAUCUCUUCCUGUGCCCAUGUCAAAAAAUAUAUCUCGAACAUGGUCUCUGUCAAAAGGAGCUCAGAAUGUUCUGGCUCGACAGCUUAAUUCUGUAGACUCACAACUAAGUGAUCAGAAAAGCAUAACUUGUGACGAAACACCACAGCAGGAAUUAGAUGACUCUAUGAGAAAGUAUGAAAGAAGACGUUUUACUACUAUAACUUGUGUUGAAGAUAAUAGCUCACAAGCCCCUGCAGUAUCCUUGUUGUCUUCUUCACUCAACUUAUUAUCACCAAAACUCAGAUCUAGCAAGAAUUUAAUGACAGAAAAAAAAGGAGAUUUUCAAGAGACGGAGAGAGCUAGUAGUCCCAGUAACCAGUUACACUUUGUUUAGUAUUGGCUGAAGUACUUUAACACAUAUGUAGAAUUUUCAAAACUUUCUCUGUUAAAAAAACAUUACAGAAAGUUUGAAACCACAGGUUAUGUGAACUUAAUUAAGGGUCUAUUUUGUCUUGUUAAAUAAUAUAGUCAUGGGUUAAAAUUACUAAAGAUUGUUGUAUGUUAUGCGAAGUUUUGUUUCAUUAAGGCAUACCUGUUGUGAAAGAAAAAUUAUGUAUUUUAGCAAUUUCAUCAAAAUCAAAGUGGAAAUCAUCUCUGAUAUGGACUUGAACAUGGGGAUCCCAACUGAACAAGCUUGCGGUCUUUCAAAUGUGUUACAAUGUAUUCAAGUUCUGUACAGACAUCUGUUAUCCCUGGUCAUCAGACUAUCAGAAUAGACUUUUAUUUGUUUGAACCAAAGACUUACAUGAAGGAUUUGUUAUUCAUCAACAAAAGACAUUUACAUGAUAUAUGAAUGUUGGUUAUUUAAAAACAAACUAAGAAUAUUGCAUGACUAGAACUGCUGUUUAUUUGAAAAGUAUAAAAGUUUUUGAUCAAAAAUGCUGCCUACUACACGAGAAACAUUUUUGGUUCAACUGAAGAGAGAGAGCGUGGUAAGAUUUUUAAUGUUAUACAAAGCUCAACUUUUUCACGGGAUGCUCAUUUGGAAAAGACGUGGCACAGGUCAAAGAAACUAAAGUUGAUGAGUAUAGACUUGUAUAAAAUACUAACUAAUCUGAAGAAGACCAUUUUUUUCUGCUAAUAUAUUUUUGAACUUUGUUUAGAACAAUCAAAUUCGACUUAACUGAGGUCAUGCAAUCAGGAACAGUUUUUCAUAAUGUUUAUUUCAGUUAAGCUGUUAUUCUCAAGGCUAUAAAACAGAAAUAACACAUUGGCAUAAUCUUCAUAUUAAAAACCUAAAUAUGCUGGAAUUGAGAUAAUUUAAGAUGAUGAAUAUUUUUGCUUCUGGGAACUUUUUAUUAGACUUAUCAUCAACAUUUUUUUUAAAUAUAGUUUCUUUCUGAAAAAAUUUGGGUAGUAACCAUUUUUUGUUUACCAAACUUCUGUUGUUUAACCAUCUAUGAUCAAAAUGUAAUGGAUAAAAAUCUUAAAGAGUUACAGUACUAGUUUGUUAGGAUAUUAGAAUCUCUGUUAGUUUUAUUACAGCAUGUUAUACAUUGGUUGAAUAUAUUGAUGGCAUUAUUUUAGUUUAACUGCUUUGUAGAUUUUUUAUAAACAAAAACUUUAAAAAUGAAUUAUAUUUAACCUACUGAAACUUAAAAUAUUAAUCUUUAUUUGUAAAAACAUCCUAACUUGGACUAACAAACAUAUAAGUAUGGGCAGACUGGCACAUUUUUAGCAGCUGGAAAAUCACUUGGUGAUUGACCCAUAUUCCAUUGAAGUCAGCCCGAAUCACACUGAGGUGAGUAAAGGGGGUUAUGUUAAUAAUACUUACAGUUUACUGAUAAUUGUUAAUUUGUCAUAUUAACGAAAUUAAGCUCUUGAGUUAACUGUAUUAGAAGGCCUCAUUUCUGACAUUGUGGACAAGCACAGGGAGAAAUUUCCUGGUGAUAUCCAUGACUAGUCUUGUUCUAUUUGUAAUUGUUCUCAUUUCCUUAAUAGUUUCUUUUUGAUUAUCUUCAUGAAGUGAUGUAUUGUCUUAAUGAAUAUAUUUGACCCACUAAUCAGAAUUGAAAUUGCUCUAAUCCAGACUUAUCUUUCUUUUUAAUGUAUGGAUAUUUGAAUUUCAUUUUUUAAUCUUAUAAUCCACUGUCAUCAUCUUCUUAGGUUUUUUUUUUUCAUAAUCUCCGCUUACAAUUUUCUGAAGACAUAAUUUAAUUCGUGAGUUUUUCUUCUUUUUAAUAUUGUACUCCCAGAAUGCUUUUAUUCAUGUGUUUAUUAUUGUAAUCUGUACCCUUAGUAUCCUUAGCCAAAUUCUUCUUUUUGUACCUACUACAAUGGAUUUGUUGUUGUAGUAUACAACUACAUCUUGAUCCUUCAUUCAGGUUGUUUUUAGUGUUAAGACAGUUUUCUCUUCUUAUAAAUUCCUUCAUCAUCCUAAUCUUAUUCUUUAUUUCUAUAAUCCUCCCAUUUCAAUAUUGUAUUUGUAUUAUUUUCAUGAACUAACAACUGUCUAAUAAAGGUUUUGCUCUGUUAAUAUAUGAAUAACAAGCCAAACAACUUAUCACGACAAUCUAUCUACUGGUGGCAGAAUGCUAAAGUAAGCUUAUCAAUUCACACUCACCCAAAUAAGGCCCAAAAAGAUAAAGGCUAUUUCUUAGUUGUCACUAACGUUUUGACGUAGAUAAACUGAUUUUGUUCUACUUCCCUUGCAUUUUUGUUAGUAAAAUAUAAAAGAUUGGCAUACAAAUGAAAAAAAAAAAGAGUUUCUUCUGAAUAGUUUUGCUAUAUUUUCAAAGACUUUUGGGCAUCUUGAGAAAAGAUAUGUUGAUUGGCUAGGUUUCUAAACCCUUCACUGGUAAUGCUGGCCGUUGUUUAGUUUUAUGAGAUACUAGUUAACACAUUAAAAUGUCUUUAACCCAGUUGGACCCAUCAGAGACUACUUCACGUUCUUUACUUGAAACACUUUUAGUGCAUUUUAAUCUUUAUGUUUACGGUAUAUCUUACUUAGCGACAUCUACACUAUCAUUGUAUUUAGUCUAAAUGUUUAAUACACAUAAAAUAUAGAUACUAUAAAAUAAAAUACUAUGUAGAUAAAUAUAACGUUUUAGUAGAUUAGAAAUGUAUCAUACACUCAUGACGCACCCAUAAGUAACCAAGUUUUGGUUACUGGGAAAUGUACGUAGUCAUGUAUAUUAAGAGAUUUUUAUUUCUCAUUUAAGUAAAGUUUGUUGAACUGCAGGUAAGGAUAUUUUACUUUAAAUACCUAGUAUUUCUUUUAACAUCAAUUAAUUUUGUUGAUAUUUUAAAAAUGGUAGUUUUAAGCAGAUGAAGUUCAGUGAUGUCUUCCCGUUAAUGUAUUUUAUACAUACAACAAUGCUUGUACUCCAAAAGGUAUUGAAGCUCUUGAUAAUUGGUUAAUAUGUAGAGUAAAAUUUAGACAUGCUUGGAUUCGUACAACAUUCAAUGCAAAUACGUUUUGGAGCAUUAUAGAAUCUUGUAUCACUAUGGAAACGACCCCAAUUGUCGCUACUGUUCUUAUGUAGUUAUACUGUUCCUGUGGUAAAUGUUUAAGAAUCGCAGUUCAAGGCAAAUAUAAUCUUGAACGAAGACAGAAUUAAACAGUUAAUCACUUUCCUUUCCUAACAGUUCUAAAUUUAACCAUUGAAUUGUUCUUAUAUGUAACUUGCAAUAUUAUUAACAUGUCAUCAUCAAACCUAUGUAUUAAUAUCUAAAGUAUUAAUAAUUUGACAGAUUAACCUGCUGGUUUACGGGUCUAAUCUGUGUGUGGACAGAUAUCGAUAUCUGAAGUAACACUGGUUGUUUUAGAAGUGGGAGUUAUGUAAUAUUUUAACCGAUAUUUACAGUUUAUGGCAUGCAUAUGUAUACUCGUCUAGGUUUAGCUAGUCUUAACGACCAACAUUUCUCAAUCUUAGUUAUUGUUAAAAACUGUAUAUAAGCUAAUAUAUAUAUAUACAUACGCUUUGUAUACUUGUAUUUCCAAGCAUAACACAAACAGCUGUAGCACAAGAAAUAUGUUUUAUAAUAUGUCUUAACAAAAUGUAUAUUAUUCAAAAUAAACAUUUUAAACAAA